GUUAUUGUGAGUUUUGAAUUCAUAGCUUGACCAGUGUUUCGAAUAUUAAAUUUUGAGUGAGAGUAUCGGUUGGUUUAUGGUAAAAAAUGAAAGUUCAAACUAUAGAUGAAUUGCUAGAGAAAUUGGGAACAUGGGGAAAAUUUCAAAUAGUUUAUUAUGCCUGUUUAUGUUUUACGAUUGUAUAUACAGUAUGCCCUAUGAGUUAUAUAUUUACGACAAGAGAUAUUAAGUACAGAUGCUCCAUAUCAGAGUGCGAGGGCAACGAGACCGUCUACAAUCCCGAAUGGCUUAAGGACUUUGUGCCUUACAAGGAUAAUAUCCCGAAUAGAUGUCUGCGAUACGCCUCGCGAAAUGAUACAUGCACGCCGGAGGGCAUAAAUAAAAACAAAACAGUCGUUUGUCAAAGUUUUGUUUACGAGAGGCCCGAAACCACAAUUGUGCAUGAUUUCGGCAUCACUUGCGACAGUAAUCUGUGGAAACUCACCAUUGUCGGCACCAUCAAUGUGGUCGGGGAGUUGAUCUGUUUGUCCUACUCUGGAUAUUUGUCAGACAAAUUCGGAAGAGCGAGAAUAAUGAUCAUAAGCGUGCUUCUAAGUUGUUUCAUAGGAACGUUAAAGUCAUUUUCAUUUCAUUAUUUUAUGUUUCUGUUCCUAGAGUUUCUAGAAACCGCCCUAUGUUCUGCCACUUAUAGCGCCGCCUUUAUUUUAGCAAUGGAGAUAGUACCACACGACCAACGCACCGUCGGUAACACCGUGAUAAGUUGCGCCUUCUCCUUAGGUCAAAUGAUGUUGGGAUUAGUGGCCUGGUCCACGGCAUCGUGGAGAACGAUGUUGCGAACGAUUUACAUACCCGGACUCGUAGCGUUCCUCUUUUUCCACACCGUGCCGGAGUCGAUACGCUGGUCGAUUUGCCAUGAUAGGCAGACGGAGGCCAAGAAUACCAUCUUAAGGGUAGCCCGGACGAACGGAAGAGUUUUGGAGGACGAAACUAUAGAGAAAUUGUUUGAUAAAAUUAGAAAGGAGGAAUGGAUCAAAGCUAGGAAAGCCUUUAGGAAAGCUGUAUUCAAUAAAGUUUUGUAUAUGCGUGUAGUUAUCUGUUCAUUCCUUUGGAUGUGUUGCGUUUUUGUUUACUACGGACUGACCAUUCAUUCGGUGAACGUUUCUGAUAAUGUUUAUCUGAGUUUUGUUUUCACUGUCGCCGUUGAGAUUCCAGGAUACCUUAUUUAUUAUCUUGUUAACGAAAGGGUUGGUAGAAGGACGAUGAUGCUUAUAACACUUAUGUUGGGUGGUGCUGUUUUAUACUUGAUUGAAUUUUUACCACAAGACUAUUUCUGGUAUAAACUGACGUGUUUCUUGGCUGGAAAGUGUUGUGUGACAAUAGCGUAUACGGUUUUGUAUGUGUACACAACAGAAAUGUUUCCUACAUGCACCAGACACUUCAUGUUUUCGAUUUGUUCCAUGUGGGGGCGAUUCGGUGCUUUAGCUGCUCCACAAGUACCUCUAAUGGCGAGAUACUCGCAGCCGAUAUUAAUGUUUGGAAUACUCUCCGGGAUGUCGGGCUGUCUUGCCCUGUUCUUGCCUGAAACGCUCAAUACCAAAUUGCCGGAUACCGUUGAUGAUGCCAUUAAUAUUGGAAAAAAUCGCAAGAGAUGCCAUACGGAGGCUGGAGAUAAAUUAAAUGAUGUAGGGAUACAAAAUUUUAAAGGAGAAGGAAUCAAUUAGUUUAAUUUUUGGUACUUAUGGAAUGAACUCGUCAAUUAUUCCAUAUUUAGUAGUACAUACAUCAUAAUUUACAUAAAUCGUCUCAAAAUAUUUUGUUAAUUAACCAGUAAUACUCGGAGUGAUUAAUUGCUCGUUCAUUGUACAAAUUUGUUGUUGUGUAAACAGCGUGAACUGUGGGUGGACAAAUCGCCCAAGGUGGCGAUCACAUCGCCAAACAUUAUUAAAGGUAACGACUGUCAGGACACUCUCAACUCAAAUUGGAUGAAACCACUGCACGAUCCAGUGUAUAAGUGAGAUUCCUUACCCCAAAAGGGACACUUGAGGCCUCCUCACAAUAGCUGGACUAACCAAAUGUAACGUAAAUUGCAAACUAGCAAACUUUGCUCGAACUUAAACAGAUGGACGUAUACUGCGAAAUGCCCAACUUCGCAAGACAAUAUAGUAAAUAUAGGGAAUAAAACGAUGAAGAAAUGAUCAAGUAAACAAAUUAUUUCUUCUUCAUAAAUAAUAUGAAUUUGAAUGAAUUUAUUUUUUAAACAAUUUCCAAUUGUUUGUACUAACAAUUUAUGAUGAAUAUAUGUGUAUUUUUAA